AUGGCCGCCGCCGCUCUCUUCUUCCUGGUCCCGACGCUAGCCUUAUUCGUCGCAGCAACGCAAGUGUCCAAUGUGGAAGCAGUGACAUAUCCAGUCAUCAACAUGGCUCCCGGGACAAAAUGCGGGAUCCUCUUCGACACCCAAAUCGGCCUCAAUUUCACCACCACCACCAUGUCCUCCGCCUCCGACUUCUCCUGGCAGACCUUCCAACAGAACGCCUCUGCCGACCGCCAAUCCCUGCCGCAGGUCAGUCUCUUCAUCGACUCCGACGUCCAGGAGAUCGCCUACCACGACUACCAGGCCGCCCAAAUCUACAUCGACGCCGACUACCUCGCCAACCUCACCUCCUCCAACGACGACGACCUGCGCAGGGAGUUCGCCGGAUUGGUGUACGCCCAGAUGGCAUCGGUGGGAAGGGGAGAAGUGGGACCAAGGGGACGACGUUACGGCCAGGUUCUUGGAGUACUGCGAUGGGUUGAGGAACGGGAGCUUUGUGGCGGAGAUCAAUUCCAUGAUGAAGGACACUUACAGCAAUGGCUUCUUCGCGAGCUGCUUGGCAAGGAUGUGGCGGAUGUUUGGAAAUAUUACAAGGCCAAGUAUGGGAAUCUCACGGCUUCAUGA